ACGAUCAUUUUCUGCCAAAUCACUCUCACUGCUCGUCCCGUUGACAUUUGUUCUGUCGCUCGCGAAUCAUCAGCAGCGCCGCAAAGAGGUCAUCGUUUUCUUAUCCAAAAACACUGACCGUCGCCUCUGAUAAAGGCAACCCAAUAUAAAGACUCACCUGUCAACACACACUCGCUGAUUGCUGCCUUUCACAUUGAUGGCGUCUUUACGUCAGAAUAAUUCCUUGUCUGGAUUGAUUGCGGUUAUCGCGAUUUUUUCUUCCUUCGCCCUCGCCCACACUCGAAUUGUAAUCGAUGCUGAAUCAUACUGGGAGGCAGAUGAUCAGAACCCACCACAGAGAAUUAGACAUUCGACCCUAGAAGCAUUCCGUAACCGACAAAUUUCAAAAGAAGCCGAAGAACUCACAGGCAAGGAUCUGAUUGAUUAUGUGAACCAAAAGCAGACUCUGUGGAAGGCAAAGAAGCAUCAUCGCUUUGACGCUUACCCUGAUCGCACUAAAUGGGGUUUGAUGGGCGUCAAUCAUGUUCGAUUGUCUGUCGAGGCAAAGCAACAUUUAUCCCACACUAAAGAUUUGGACAUUGAUAUUCCGGAGACAUUCGAUUCUCGAGAACAAUGGCCAAUGUGUGAAUCUAUAAAGAACAUUCGUGACCAAUCUAGCUGUGGAUCAUGCUGGGCAUUUGGAGCAGUAGAGGCCAUGUCUGAUCGUAUCUGCAUAGCAUCAAAUGGCAAGACGCAGGUUACACUAUCCGCCGAUGAUCUUUUGAGCUGCUGCAGGUCCUGCGGAUUCGGAUGCAACGGUGGUGAUCCAUAUCAGGCUUGGAAGUACUGGACCAAGAGCGGUAUUGUAACGGGAUCUAACUACACAACACACGCUGGCUGCAAGCCCUAUCCAUUCCCUCCAUGUGAACAUCACUCCAACAAGACACACUACGAUCCAUGCAAACACGAUCUGUUCCCGACUCCAAAAUGCGAGCAUACCUGUGAUCCUUCUUACAAAGACAGAAGUUACACUGCUGACAAGUACUACGGUAAAACCGCGUACGGAGUGAAAGACAAUGUUGAAGCCAUACAAAAAGAGAUCAUGACUCAUGGACCAGUUGAAGUAGCCUUUGAAGUCUACGAGGAUUUCCUAAAUUAUGCUGGAGGUGUCUAUGUGCAUACUGGCGGAAGACUCGGUGGAGGACAUGCUGUGAAAAUGAUUGGAUGGGGUGUGGAUCAGGGUAUGCCCUAUUGGCUAAUUGCCAACAGCUGGAAUGAAGACUGGGGAGAGAAUGGUUAUUUCCGCAUCUUGAGGGGAGUAGACGAAUGUGGCAUUGAAUCUGGAGUCGUUGGUGGCAUUCCUAAGCUUAAUGAUAUUCCCUUCAGAAGGCAACAAAACGUCAGAUCUUUCGCAGAUGACGAGUUGGACCUCUUCUUCUAAGGCAAUACUGUCCUCAAUAUUCUCAACAUGCACAAUUGUUUUGUCUGUUUGAAUAGUUCAGGUUCAUUGAAAAUGAAAUAAAAAU